CCGGUGCCGGCGCGGGCGCCGCUCCGCGCCCCCCGCCUCAGGCGGGGCCAUGGCCGCGGGCGAGCGGGCGGCGGAGCCGCUGGCGGAGCUCAGCCACUACGUGGUGGCGCGGCCCAUCUACAGCGAGGCGGGCUUCCAGGAGGAGAACGAGCGGAGUCCGCCGCUGCCGCCCACGCUCCGCGAGCGGGCGCAGGCGGCCUGCAGAUGUUCGAGGAGAAGGGCCUUUCAGAUUACCAAAUCCUUUCUGCCCAUCCUGGAGUGGCUGCCCAACUACCGGGUGAAAGAGUGGCUGAUCAGCGAUAUCAUCUCGGGGGUCAGCACCGGCCUUGUCGCCACUUUGCAAGGUUUGGCAUAUGCUUUGCUGGUUGCAGUUCCUGUUGGAUAUGGUCUCUAUUCUGCCUUUUUUCCCAUCCUGACAUACUUUUUCCUGGGAACAUCAAGGCACAUCUCAGUUGGUCCAUUCCCUGUAGUCAGUUUGAUGGUGGGAUCUGUUGUAUUGAGCAUGGCCCCUGAUGAUAAUUUUCUCAUAGAUGGCAGUAAUGCUACAGGGACUAAUGGUACUGGGACACUGAUAGACACUGAAUCCAGAGAUGCACAGAGGGUGCUGAUUGCUAGUACCCUCACAUUUCUGGUUGGAAUAUUGCAGGUAAUAUUUGGAGUCCUUCAGAUUGGUUUCAUUGUGAGGUACCUUGCAGAUCCACUAGUUGGGGGAUUCACAACUGCAGCUGCUUUUCAAGUGCUUGUGUCACAAUUGAAAAUAGUCCUAAAUGUUUCAACUAAAAACUAUAAUGGUGUCCUUUCCAUAAUAUAUACUCUUAUUGAAACAUUUGAAAAAAUUGGUACCACCAACAUUGCAGAUCUUAUUGCUGGACUCCUCACCAUUUUUGUCUGCAUGUUAGUUAAAGAAAUAAAUGAUCGAUUCAAACACAAGAUACCUAUACCUAUACCAAUAGAAGUUAUUGUGACAAUAGUAGCCACUGGCAUUUCAUAUGCUGCCAACUUGGAAAAAAAAUACAAUGCAGGCAUUGUUAAGAGCAUUCCAAGAGGAUUUUUGCCUCCCGAAGCUCCAGAUGUCAGCCUGUUUUCCCAGAUGAUAGCAGCCUCCUUUUCCAUUGCUAUUGUUGCUUAUGCGAUUGCUGUGUCUGUGGGAAAAGUAUAUGCAACCAAGUAUGACUAUGCUAUUGAUGGAAACCAGGAAUUUAUUGCCUUUGGGUUCAGCAACAUUUUUUCAGGUGCCUUUUCUUGUUUUGUUGCAACUACUGCUCUUUCACGGACUGCAGUCCAGGAAAGUACUGGUGGAAAGACUCAGGUUGCUGGUAUAAUCUCAGCUGGGAUUGUUUUGAUUUCCAUCGUUGCCCUGGGGAAAUUGCUAGAGCCCUUACAAAAGUCUGUGUUGGCAGCUGUAGUCAUAGCUAACUUAAAAGGGAUGUUCAUGCAAGUGUUUGAUGUUCCCCGUCUGUGGAGACAGAAUAAAGUGGAUGCUAUGAUCUGGGUUUUCACGUGUGUAGCAUCCAUCAUUCUGGGACUUGAUUUGGGAUUACUUGCUGGCCUUUUGUUUGGGUUGCUGACAGUUGUGCUGAGAGUUCAGUUUCCUUCAUGGGGUGGCUUUGGAAACAUUCCUGGCACAGACAUCUACAAAAAGGUCAAGGACUACAAAAAUGUUAUAGAACCAGAAGGUGUGAAGAUUCUCAAAUUUUCAAGUCCAAUUUUUUAUGCUAACAUUGAUGGACUGAAAAGCAGCCUCAAAUCCACAGUGGGAUUUGAUGCAGUCAAGGUAUAUAAUAAGAGACUCAAAGCACUGAGGAAGAUACAAAAGCUAAUCAAGAAGGGAAAAUUAAAAGCUACUAAGAAUGGUAUCAUCAGUGAUCCUGGUAUUAAUAAUGAAGCUUUUGAGACUGACGAGGAACCUGAAGACAAUGAAGACAUUCAAGUUCCCACCAAAGAAGUAGAGAUCCAGGUGGACUGGAAUUCAGAACUCCCAGUUAAAGUAAACAUCCCCAAGGUGCCCAUCCACAGUCUCAUUCUUGAUUUUGGAGCAGUAACCUUCUUGGAUAUUGUAGCUGUGAGAUCAAUAAAAACGAUAAUUAGAGAGUUUGAGAGAAUUGAUGUGAGAGUAUACUUUGCUUCAUAUCAAGACAACCUUAUAUCUCAACUGGAACGGAGUGCCUUCUUUGAUGAUAUUGUCAGAAAAGACAUAUUCUUCUUGACUGUCCAUGAUGCUGUGCUCUACAUAAGGAAUCAAAUGACAUACAGUGACAACCAAGAUCCCAUCUUUGAGAAGAUUUCACUCAUGCAGGAGUCUAAAGAACCCAUCGAAUUCACAGAAACAAGCCGUCCCGAUGAUGAACUUGAUGUUCAGGAAGAGGCUAUGCGCAGACUUGCUUCAUGAAGACGGACUACUGGUACUGUCCCACUUGUGAACUCAGCAAUAUUUAUGCACCGGUACUAUAUAAGCAUUUUCUGCAAUGAAACCAAUCUUUGCACUUGAAGAAAACCCUGAUUGUUUGACUGAAUGAUACAGAUCUCUAGAAAUCUCCAAAUUUUAGCUAAUGUUCUCCUGGAAAUAUUCUGGACCUUGAUUCAGCAAGCACUUUCCGAUAUGAUAUAUUGAUAAAAAAAGUCAGAAGACUAUUAUGAAAGAUGUACUCAGUUUUGGGACUGAGUAGGUAGAAGUAAGGCAGAAGCUGCAUUACAAUGUUUUAUCAGUAUGUACAGGAUGAAAAGCUGCUUUGUGGACUGCCCAGGAGAGUUGAAGAGACCAAAAUCUUUGGAUGGCAAGCCUUUUGUUCUGUAUUUGUACAAUGCCUAGUGAGAGGGCAGGAGUACUAGCUGGGCAAGGCUUUGCAAUUGUGGAACAUUAGUGUGAGCAUAGGUGCUGACAAGUCUUGACAAAUGUAUCACAAUCAUCUUUUCCAAGCAAUUCCUUAAAUUGCUGCAGGUUGUUAGGUAACUGAAACGGGUGACAGGUGAAAGAGACACACGAACAGAAAACUGCACCGAACUACUAUAAAACUUUAAAUAGGAUAAAUUUCAAUAGAAAAGACCCUUGGAUAAGUUCCUUAGUUCUGUAUUAAUCCCGUUGUAGCCAAUCAUGCACUAUUAUUAAUGAUCAUCCCUAAAAUGAACUAUACACAGAUGAUUAUUUUGGCUAGGUUACGUAUUUUUCAUCAAGAGGCAGAACACGACAUAAAUUAGAUUAAUGAAAACCUCAGUCCCCAAGUACUUAAUGGAAUCUGUAGAACAGGCUGCUACUGAGCGCAAGUAAGAAACUCAGAAUGCGACCUAGUAUAGAGGUUUGGAGUUUUUUUAAAAUACGAUAUAGGAGUUUAUGUAGUUUAAUUAAUAGUUCUAUUUUUAUAUAGCAAAAUUUUUCUUUUAAUAUUCUACAUCAGACUGCUGCUGUUCUUUCACAUUUGACAGUCCAUAAUGCACAGGUGCAAUAAUUUACAAAAGAGAAAGGAUUUGACCUGCAAAACUUUAAUCCUUACUUUAGGACUAUAUAAAAUAGAUAUGCAGGAAAUCAACGUUCUUACUUUUCAUGAAGAAGAAAUGUGUUUUGAUGGAAAACAGACUGCUACCUUCAAUGUUUUAGCCCUACACAGAUUUUUUUAACUGGAAAAAAUGCUGCCUGGUGAGGGAACAGGUAAUAACAAAAGGGUAAGAAAUGUCCAGGAAUAAAAUCCCUUUAAAUUCCACAA